AUGGCGGCGAAACCAGAACUUUACUCAAUUGACGACUUCGAGGCUCACGCAGCUGAAAUGCUGCCCAAGAUGGUCCGAGACUAUUUCAACGGCGGUGCGAUGGAUAGCAUCACUCUUCGCGCCAACCAAGAAGAAUAUCGUCGCUUCUACAUAGUACCAAGGGUUCUACGCGACGUUUCAACUCCCGCGGCUAUGCAACGUAUGGCGCACCCGGACGGCGAGGAGGCCAUGGCAAAGGGGUGCGGCGCGUACGGCGCUGUCAUGGGCCUAAGCAGCUUUAGUACCACCAGCCUUGAAGAUGUCAAGUACGUGGCGGAUAGGGCGCGAAGCGACUCCGGAAAGCGGGGUGAGAGUGAAUGCGUGUUACAACUAUAUCUCUUUGAGAAUAAAGAGACGAGUGAAGGGCUCCUAAAAGAGCAGAGGGUGAGUUUGGCUUCAUGGCAUCAAACGAGCGGCAUCUUGAAUAUGUUAUUAAUGGCAUUUUCUGCCCACUAG